AUGGCCAAAGAUGCACACUCCUUGCAGGCAGAAAGCACUCCGCCCCCGGCGCCACCCAAAGAUGUCGCUGGCCCGCGCCGCGCGUGCUACGACAAGACCGACUACCCACAAAUUGACCGCUCGUACAAAGAGCUUGCCAUGUACGCAACGGCAGUUGCGCUAAUUGGCCCUGCGAUCAUUGUGCCUGCUCUGCCAUUGCCGACUCCGUCGAUGCUGAAACUGCCCGAUGCGGAGCAGGGCACGUACGAACUGCACGAACUGCGCACUUUGCUUGUCCGGUGGUUCGGGCGCAUGCUCAGCGAGCCCUCUCUGUGCAUGCACCGCGAAACACGCAGGUUCAUCGAGGCCGACUAUACGUACGAGCCAGAAAUUUGUACGAGAAAAGAGCCGCGCGAGACCUACCGUCACUUUAUGCGCUCCUCUACACAGAUCGAUACACUCGCCCACGUAUUUAGCGGCGAGCUGUUUGUGCCGCAAGCGGGCGUUGCGUCUUUGUUCGGGAUGCGCACGCAGCCAAAACCAACGCCCGCGGCGCUGUUUUCGACGCAGCUCGCGGCAGCGACGUCGCUCGGCAGCGCCGAUCCCGACGAGCAGCUUGCGCUGACUAGGACAGAGGUCACGAAAUUGGAAAAACAGCUGGCUGAUGUCGCGAGUGCGAGUGCAGAUGUCACAGCGGCACGCGCAGAAGUGUAUGCAGCGAUGCAGGACGUCGCUGGGACACUGAUCCCGCUCGCAACCUUGGAGGAUGGCCGCGGGGAGUCGAUCCGUGGAAUGCUGCCGCGUACAUUGCGCGGCGCACAGACUCUCUUUUCCAACAUCGCCGAGCUCUCGGAAGCGAUUCAGCACGCGGAAGAGGUGUCGCUGACGGGCGCGAUCGAGUACCAACAGUACAAUAUGCGCGCAGCCCGCGCAGUGCUACAGGAACGCGCUGCUGUCGUUGCCGAGCAUGGGAUUGCAAAGCGUGUUACUUCCAACAAGCGACAGGAGGCGGAGGGGCUGCGAAUCGCACGCACCGCAAAGCCAGACCGAGUCGAGAGUGCGAUGGACGAGGUUAGAGAGGCUGAGCACCAGGAGCAGUUGCUGGAACGCUACUUGCAGCAUGUAGGCAAGUCUUUGCGCGAGAGUCUGCAGCGGCACAGUGUGCAUACGCACUGCGACCUACAACACACGAUCCUGGAGCAUGCACGGUCCAGUAUUGCGUAUGAGCGCCGCGUUGCAGAUAUGAUUGGUUUGUCUGCUAAGGAUUUGUCUGCUGUCGCUCAAGAUGCGCAGCGUGCUGCGAUGGCGCGUGCGAAUGUGAAGAGGAAGAUGACGCCUGCACAGAUUGCAGCAAUCCGUGCAGUGGAGGGGGAUAAGGAAGGGGAUAAGGAGGGGAGUCGGGAAGGGGAUAAAGAGGGUAUGGAGAGUAAGCACGGGGAUGAGCAAGGGAAUGCGCAAAGGGAUGAGCAAAGGGGUGAGCAAGGGAAUGAGCAAAGGGGUGAGCAAGGGGAUAAGCAGAGGAAUGAGCAAGGGAGCACCACGCAGAGUCCCCACGAGGACGCCAAAGAGAAUGCUGAAAACACUGCGGACUCCGGCGCCGAGGUGGCCGCGGAAAACACUGACUCCGACACCAGCGCAUCCCUAUGGAAAGACGACGCUCUGCAGUCUGCACUUCAGGACGAAAUACACACGUCUCCAUGGGACAAUGAUUCUCGCGCUACAGAUACCACAACAGAGCGCACCUCCGCAUGGCACACCAAUCCCCCGGAGGAAUCGCCAUGGUGCUCGCUCCCUCUCUCAUCCUCUUCUCCGCCCCACACACCAACGUGCCCAGACUCUCCGCCCCAACGCUCUCCACCCCCCGCGCCCAUCCAAUCCUCCCUCUUCCGUCCACGUGCUCUCAACGGCACCUUUGGCGGCCUCUCCGCCGCCGACGCGGCGCGCUCGCUUGCAGGCACGUUUUAG